AGGCCGGUGCCGCUUUGGAGACCGGUGCUGGAACGAACAUCCCGGCGCCGGGGGUGCGGGACGGCAGCAACAGCCCUCAGGACUGUUCAUCCAACUCUUCAUGUUGCAUUGUGAUUUCACGUCUGAUCCCUCUUCUUGGAGACAGUCCUUUUGCAUCACCCACAGUUAGUCUAGUGAAUAUUCCAAACCAAAAGUUAUGACUUGGGGGUCUGAUAAAUGUAGUAACAGACGUGGAUGGAAUACCACCAGCCAGAGAUACUCUAGCGUCAUCCAGCCAUCCAGCUUCUCCAAAUCCACACCAUGGGGGGGCAGCAGAGAUCAAGAAAAGCCAUCUUUUGGUUCUUUGAAUUCUGGAACUUCAACUAGCAGGAACAGGGGGUUUGGACAGUCCCAGAAUCCAUUUGCUUCACUCAGCUCUGAGGAGCAGAAAGAUGAAAAGAAAUUUCUGGAAGGCAUUAUAAAAGAUAUGGAAAUUUGGGAAUCUUCAGGGCAGUGGAUGUUUUCUGUUUAUUCGCCAGUGAAAAUAAAGCCUAAUAUUUCAGGUUUUACAGACAUUUCACCAGAGGAGUUGAGGCUUGAAUACCAUAACUACUUAACCAGCAAUAACUUACAGAGUUAUUUAAAUUCCCUCCAACAGUUAAUAAAUCAGUGGAGAAACAGAAUAAAUGAACUGAAAAAUCUAAAUACAUCAACUAACAUAGCUUCGCUCUCAUUUGUAAAGGAUGGAGUAAAUCAAGCAGCACCGACAUUUGGAUUUGGCAGUAUGCAAGGAGUAACAUUUGGGUCACCAGGUUUUCCAGUGAAUAACAGCAGCAGUGCUAAUGCUCAGAAUUUCAGUUUUAAAACAAGCCCUGGCUUUGCCUCUGCCCCUUCUUCUGGAAGUCCUUCUGUGUUCGGGAAUACUCCAGCAUUUGGAGCCACAUCAUCUGCCAGUUCUGCCAUCAGUACUUCCACUCCAGCAUUUGGGAAACCUGCAAUCACAUCUGCUGCUUCAUUUUCUUUUAAAAGUCCUGCAGCUUCUGGUUUUGGAUCACCUGGAUUUUCAGGAUUUCCAGCUUCCGUAGCAGCAGCCUCUGCUGGAGUUCCAGCCUUUGGAAGUGGCAAUUCUGUAGCUGGUUUUGGUAGUCUAGGCUCACAUUCUCACACUGCUUUUUCCAAGUCAUCCAGUGACACCUUUGGAAAUAAUAGCAUAUCCACCUCUCUCCCAGUCUCAAAUGGCAGCACCACAACAGAUAAUGUAUUAUUUACACCCAAGGAUCAACUAACAGCAGAAGAACUGGAGCAGUUUCAGUCAAAGAAAUUUACUCUGGGAAAAAUUCCAUUAAAGCCACCACCUGUGGAACUCCUAAGUAUUUGAAAGGACAAUUUUAAAUACAGAAAAGAAUAGCCCUUAAAAUUUUUUUGAGUGGUUCAUAUAUAAUUGUUCUGAGUGGUUCAAAUAUAUACAUACAUAUGUAUAUAUGUACAUAACACAUUUAAGGAAUAUUGCUUUCAAUAAUAACUUCAGGGGUUUUGAAAUUCAAUAUUUUUUUCAUAAAAAAUAUUCAACAGAAGGGUUUUUUUACUUUAAUUAUGAAUGGAACUGAAAAAACUGUCAGUGUGCACUGAAUAAAGUGC